CUGUUUCCUUUUAGGUGUAAUAUCCUGGGUCUUUGAAUAUCGACCGAAGGAUGCACAAAACAUGAUGAGCAAACAAACAAAAAGCCUCCAGCAGAAUCGGUGAUAUAUAAGCUAAUUAGCAACGAACGAGGUCAUUAGUGAAGAAAGCUUCGUCCAGUUAAGAUUAAUUUCAACCACUUUGCAUGUGACUGGAUAAUUUAAUGCAAAAAUGAUUCCAUUAGAUGAAACGAAUAAUACCGGAUACGAAGGACAUAGGGGUCCUGAGGCAGCUUCGUCGCAAGACUUCUUUGCAGUAUCCCGAAAUCAAAUGGAGGAAAGGAACUUGAGAACAAGGCUUGGGUCUAUUGACCUCGAGGAGAAAAGAGCGCUUAGACGACUAAGCUCAGAAAAGAGAUUGUUAAAAAUCAAACAAGAAAAACGCUUGGGAAGUUUGACGUGCAGAAGAAAUAGUGUCAAUGGAGGACAAAUAAACAACUCAGGAAGUUCGACUCCUCUUUCAGCGGGCACACCAUGUCAGUUUGACUUAGUGAAGUUGCAGUUCAAGGCUGACAAACGACGGCAUUUGAGUUCUACUGACAGUGUAGAGUCGCCAGGAACCACAAAAGGAACUUCACCAUCAACUCUUGACGAAUUCGCCCAACCCUCCCCUAGGCUACCAAAGUUACCUUUGUUGAAUAGUGUUGAGUCAGCAGAGCCUUUGAAGAUAACAAAGCCUUUAAAUUCAAUAUCAAAGAACAACGACCCAUUUGCUGGCGAUAAAAAACCUCCGUGGACCUCAGCUAUUCCUCUGCGAAGUCAGAGCAAGUCCGAAGUGGCAAAGUCAAUGGACGAACUUAUUUGUCGCCAUAGUGACGCAAAGUAUGCACAGAACAUCGCCGUACUAGGGGAAAAACCCAGUGGAACUCGUCUGAAACGGCAGACUUGGUGCGGGAAAUCGCCACCUGAAAUGCAAACGUUGCAGCCACUCACUCAGAGAAAAAAUAGUUACUCUGAUAAUUUCUCUUCCCUGAGAAACCAAGAAACGAAUCUUUGGGCCUCAACUGUCACCAACCCCACGGAUAUCUCGCAAAUUCAGACUGACGACCGUAAAGCCCAAGACUUUCUGGUGAACAAGUUUAAUCGACCCACUAGGACGGUUUACCCUGUAGUCGAAGAUGUACUGCCUAGAAAGACUCUUACCGUGCCAAACUUUCCAUUAAGAAAUUCAAAUUCAGCGAGUUCUCUGAGAUCAUUUGAAAGUCUCCCUCCAGUUUUCGAGGAUCGGGAUUUCAAAUGUGACACAGAAGAAGAAGAGAUAUUUGAAGAGGCUAAGGUCGUUCCUGUCGGCCGCAAGGAAAGUCUCGUACUUCCUUCAGAUGCGGCAAGUAUGUUACGGCAGCGCCGAACUCGUACUCUAAGAAGGCAAGAAAGCUUAAAAGAAGACGAUUCAAGUAUCAGGUUACCAAGCAGCCAAACACAAGAUACCACGCAGUCGCUCAGAGAUGGCGAGGAAAGUUCUGGUGUUUCUGGAAAGCUAGUAGAUCAGUCUAGCCAUGGUCUAAAAUCUAAGAAUUUGGUGAAGAACUCUUCCUUGGAAAAGAAAAGACUGUCUGUAGGAUCUAUUUCUUUAUCUUCAGCAACGGGUCCGAGUUUCAGAAAAGACACAGGACAAAAAAUUAUGAAGAAAAGGGGAAACGAUAAAGAAUGCGUCAAAUCCAAAUCAAAACAAGUCCUCGAAAAGGAUACUGAAAGUAACGAGAAGAAUGUCACCACACCAAUCAGUAAGGCCAACUGGUUGAAAGCUCUGCACAAGGUCUUCAAUAUGAACAUGUUUUUGAACGGCAUGACUGCUUUGCAGAAGCAACGGGAGGUUGAUCGUUUGGCCACAGAGAAAAAGAAAGCUGCUUUGGAACAAUUAUAUGAAGAACUGAAGAAUUGCAGAUACCUGAGGAUGCCUUCUAAAGAAGAUGAAGAACAAUGCGACUGUGUAUCGUGGGUAUUUGACAAAAAUUGACAGCUGAGUAUCCGUUUAGUAGUGUAAAUAGAAAGCAGAGCCAUCUUUAAAAAAAACGUUCGUGGUAAAAGUUCUGGAAACCAAAGAAUAUCUCGGUUCCUAUCGCAGACCUCACAAACAUGGUCUGAGAGUAUUUUCAUUUAAGAAAAAGUUCGCUCUCGAAGUACCCCGGUGAGUCAUAUUCAGGCCUUCCGCGGGUAAGAAAUAAUGCAACUUCGUAAGUCGCAAAGACGAAAAAUGAAUAAUAAAAUAUCCUCAAUUAUGCAAGAGAAAAAAUAUGUGGAUUUAUUUCACAAGAAUGCCUUUCUAAAAAAAGCGCAUGCAACCCUUCGAUACUUAAACCUUACAUAGUAGUUAUUUUUCAACAUUUUAAUCCUUGUUUUACAAAUUCUUUCAAAUCUUUAUCUGUUUGACCAUCUCAUAAGUUUAAUGUUUGCUAUCAAAGCUGAAGCUGUCAAGAAAAUUUUGAGGUCCUUUUUUCAGUAUAAACCUAUGUAAAUAGCACGACUGAAUAGCGUAUAUUGGGCAAAUCAGAAUUCAAUAGAUUUGCUCAGUAAUUGAUAAUCAUUGUGCUCAAGUGCAAUGAAGGGUGAAGUUCAGUUGUAUUUCAAAAGUUUUUCACAUUGCUCGUUGGAAACUUUGUACUAACUUUGACCGGGUGACACUCUUUUGUUUGGGAAAAUUUCACUGAAUACAACGUCUUUCAGUUACAGCUUGGGAGUGACUUUCGUUAGUCUAAAAUGAUUUACAGGUGAAGGGUGGUUCUGAAAAUAAUUUUGCUGGAUACAAACUCAAUAAAAACUGAAAUCGUGAGACUGUUUGGAAAGACCUCCGAUGAUAACUUUUGAUCUUCUUUUUAAAAAAGUUUAAGUGGCGAGGCAAGAUGUAUGAAGCUCUGAAAACAAAUUUGCCUGGGUGCUCUCGCACUCAUUUUGCUGAAUAAUAGCUUAGCGUAACUUCAAUUAGCUGCGAAAUAGAUAAUUAGUAACUGAAACAAUCCACUACAAUAUAUUCUAGUUCGUUCAA